AUGGAGCUGCGAGCCCCCGAUGUCAUGGAUGCCAUCUUGGUAUUACUACGUAGCAUGAGAAUCGAGAGCAUCACGACAGAGGCCAUGAAUAGACUUCUUUCCGUCGUUGAGGUCAUUACAGAGGAUGCUGGGGAUGUGUGGCGUGGAAGCAGGGACAACUUCUCAAACAGUUUGUUCGGCGCCAUGAGGAAAUACGGAGCAUCAACUUCUUCUUUAAAGGAGCACUUCCAUUACUUUAGCAAACUGGAGCCGCCGGAUCAACAGGGACUUAACUCAUCCAUCUUCAUUUCUUCCUCAUUCAAUGAUUCUCUCGAGCCUCACCGCAAGCUAUUCUUCGCUCCAUCGUAUCAGGAAUUUUUACAAUGCAUCAGCAAACAGCAGUAG